AUGGGAAAUAAUUUUUGCUAUUCUAAAAGUGGUAUGCAAUCUACAAUGUCUUAAUUGUUGUGUUAAUAGAGACUUAAUGGAUGUGAUGUCAUUUUAACUGCAGGAAAUAUAGAGAAGGAGUUAGUAGAUUGCAUAGUUUAGCCAACUGAUGAACAAUUUUCAAAUGUUCCCUAAACUGAUAAACCCACAUUUAUACCAACGAAUGGGAACUGCAUUUUUGUAGGAUCGACCAAGAGUAAAUACAAAGAUUAAUAAGAUUAGAGAACAAAAAAAAUUAUAUUUUGGCUGUUGUCCAAGAAACUAAUGAAAUAAGUAUCUAAGAUUAGCAGGAUGAAGAGAGACAAUUAAUUUAUGAAACAAUUUAAAAUUGUUUGAAAAUGGUAUCCAUUCAACUAAAUUAGGCAAAUGCCAGACAAAUGAAAUCCAUAGCAUUUCCAGUAUUCUAAUAAAAGGACAACACAACAUCAGCAACAAUAAUGAUUAUGGCUAUCAAAUUAUUUAUCACUGAACAGAAAUCGGAUUCAGUCAAUAAAAUUUUUAUUACAUUAAAUGUAAGAAUUUGAUCUUUAUACAUUUAUUAAUUUUAGCAAAUAGAAUAGGUGUGUACGUUUAAAUGGGUAUUUUAGCAAGUGUUCGAACAGCUCAACUAAAUAAAAUCUAAAUCAUACUCCAGUUCAAUCAAUACUACGUUUAUGGACGAAUAUAAGUCGAUAAGGCAGAUCCAAUAAUAAACAGUCAAAGAAGGCACUCCUUGA